CGUAGCCCUCAUACACGCUAAGUACUGUAUACCGCCGCAUUGACGGCUUUUUCGCUAUUCCUCUUGGUUAACCGCCUCCAAAUGCAAGUCACCCAAGUCGGCUAGAAGCCUAUCUGCAUUAUCAUUUGCUACUUCGCAAUAUGGCGCAACCACUUACACAGCAGGAUUACAACAACCUGCUUUCUUGCUUGCUCAAUGCAUUGAACCAGAACCCCGAAGUCCAGAAGCAAGCAGAGGCGUACAUCCAAUCGCUGGACAGUAGACCGGGUUUCAGCUCUGCACUUGCAGAAAUAGUCAGCAACCGGGAAGCCGACCAUAGCGCCCGCUAUUUGGCGUCAGUCCAUCUCAAAAACAGCAUUCACCGCAACUGGAAGAAGCGCGUGACACAUGCCGGGAUCACACCAGAGGAGAAGGCACAUCUGCGAGCCAAGCUUUCGCAGCUAAUUCCGCAGGAUGAUAACCAGAUUGCCGUACAAGUGGCCCUUGUUUACGCCAAGAUCGCUCGCUUCGACUACCCGGGCGAGUGGCCCUCCCUGUUCAAUGACCUCAUGGCGAACCUGGGAUCUGGAAACCCACUGGUGGUCAGGAGGGUGUACCUGAUCUUGCACCAUGUGCUCAAGGAGCUCUCCUCCAAGCGGCUGGCGGCCGACCAGGCCAACUUCGCACAGGUCACCGAGCUGCUCUUCAGCCACGUGUGGGGUCAGUGGUGCUCCGACACACAGGCGUUACUGGGGCCGGGGGGGCUGGCGGAGGCACUGCGGGGAGGUACGGCAGGUACGGCAGCAGCAGGUGCUGGCGGUACGGCAGCCCCACCUCCUCAGCCGCCCGCCAGCCCGCAGCAGCUGCUGCAGACGUGCGAACGAUGGAUGCUGCUGCUCAAGAUCCUGCGGCGCCUGCUGCUGCAUGGCUUCCCCAGUGACGCCCGCUCGCUGGCCCCGGUGGCUGCCGUACACAGCUGCUGCCCGCACAUGGGGGCGGCUCUGCAGGGCCUGCUAGCCGCGGCUCGCCCCUCCUCCUCCUCCUGCGGCCCCGCCGGCCGUCCGCCGCCCCCCCGCUCCCACCUGGGCGCCAUGAGCGAGCGCGCGGUGCUGAAGCUGCUGAAGACGCUGGGGCAGAUACUGGAGGUGCACCCGUGGUCCUUCCACGGGGCGGGUGUGUUGUUCCCGGUCAUGGAACUCUGUACCAACCAACUCCUAGAGGCAGCAGCAGCAGCCGGCAGCAGCAGCAGCGGCAGCGGCAGCAGCGGCAGCAAUCAGGAGCGGUGGCUGACCCAGUGCUGCAUGUUUCUGGUGCACGUCAUGUCGUGCAAGCCGUACAAGGGGAUCACGGGCGGACUGGAUGCGUCGUCGGGGCAACCGCGGGACACCAGUCGCGCCAAGGCCAUGUCCGGGGAGGUGCGCACCGCCCUGCAGGCCUUCUGGGCGCAACACUUGCAGGCAGCAGCAGCAGCAGCAGCGGGUGGAGCAGCGGGUGGGGGCAUCAGCGGCAGCGCUGGCGACGGCAGCAGCAGCCGACUGGUGGCGUUGGUGGGGGCGCUGAUCAGUCGCCACAUGCUGCUCACGCGUGCCGAUCUGGAGCAGUGGAAGGAGGCGCCGGAGGAGUUUGCGCACUCGCACGGCGGGGGGGCAGCGGGCGGAGGCGGGGCGUCGGAGGGGCUGGCGGGGUCGGCGGAGGUGCUCUAUCUGGGGCUGCUGCAGGCUUACCGAGAGGUGCUGGGCCCCGCGGUCGUGUCGCUGCUUCCCGGGGUGCAGGCGGCCGCACCCCCCGGGGUACCCGCGGACAGCCUGCCUGGGGAGCGGCUGGUGGGGGUGCCGAGGCAGAUCCUUUACAAGGAUGCGGUGUACGGCGCCCUAGCCGCCGGGUCGUACGAACUGCACGACUACCUGGACUUCCGUACCUGGCUGGCGGGUCCGCUGCUGCAGGAGCUCUCCGACGCCAGCCCCGCCAACCGCCCCAUCCGGCGGCGCAUCGGGCUGCUGGUGGCGGCACACGUGGACCGAAUCCGGGAGGAGGACCCCAUCAGGCCCACCCUGUAUUCCGCCAUGCUGGGCCUCAUGUCCGAGUCCGACCCCGCCGUGGCUCUGUCGGGUCUGGGCGCGCUUACGGCGCUGCUGGGCGAUUUCUCCUUCCGCGAGGAGUCCUUCGCGCCGCUGCUGCCCGGCUGCCUGCAGCUGCUAGUGCGGUUGGCGGCCGGGAGCUGCGACCUGGACUCGCAGAAGCAGGCUUUCGGGCUGCUGAACCUGGUGAUCGAGCGGUGUGGGGAGGCGCUGCGGCCGCACGUGCUGCCAC